AAAUUUGAAUUUUCUUUUCACUCUCUCAGACUCGAAUAUUGCACUUUUCAGUGACCAAGUUUACAUACAAAACUCUACCCCGCCACCAAUCCUCACAGUGUUGCGACACCCCGCCAUGGCCCCGCGAUGCCUCCUAAUCGGUACGCCGUCCAUUGCGGCGCACCCGGAGCGGCUGGACCAAGUCUACGAAAUCCACCAUCGCAGUUCGACAGACCUUCAGAUGCUUGAUCGCAUCGCUGCAGGUCUCGUCAACCUUCCCGCCGCCACAUACGAUGUCGUCCUCCUCCUCGCCGACGCCGACGGCACAACGCGCGAAAGUCACAAGCUGUUUUCGCGCGACGUGAUGAACAAAGUAGCCAGCGCAUUGAAGAUUGGAGGUGUGCUCAAGAGCCAAGCAGGCCCUUUCCAGGGCGCAGAGAAGACGGAGGCUAUCCUAGCAGGCCUCACAGAGACGGAAGACGGCAUGGCAAAGCCCGAGCAGGAGGAGCCUGUAUCAAUACCGCUCAAGUUUGGCAAGAAUAAGGCAAAUGGUGUGAGUGCGACAAAUGGCACAAAUGGCGCUGUCAACCCAGACGGUUCCGUCCCGUUGAACCUCAACCGCAAACGCGAUCAGCCAGAACCCGUCAAGCCCGCAGGCGUAGGCUUUGUCGACUUUAGCGACGAUCUCGACGACCCGAUAAUCACAGGCGAAGACGAUGAUCUAAUCGACGAAGACGACCUCAUCACUGAAGCAGACAUGGCACGUCCAGUAGUCCAACCACUCGAAUGCCAACCCAAGCCCGGAAAGCGACGACGCGCCUGCAAAGACUGCACCUGCGGCAUGAAGGAGAAACUCGAAGCCGAAGACGCCGCCAAACGCUCCUCAGCAGACAAGGCGCUCAACUCGUUGAAACUAGAUGCCGACGAUCUCGCAGAAGUCGACUUUACCGUCCAGGGUAAAGUGGGCAGCUGUGGCAAUUGCGCGCUCGGUGAUGCGUUUAGGUGUGAUGGGUGUCCGUAUAUUGGACUACCGGCUUUCAAGCCUGGGGAGGAGGUGCGGUUGCUGAAUAACGAUAUCCAAUUGUAA